AUGGAAUUCUUAGAUACAUUUCGUCAUUCUUGGCAACAACAAAUCACUAAAGAUAAAUCUAGUCAAUUAAAUGUAAAUAAUGAUACUCCAAUUGGUGAUCUUUGUCGUCUAGGUACGAAUUAUAAAAAUUCAAUAGAAUGUCAAACAUCAAUUCCUCCGACAUCUCAACCAAUUCUUCCAUCACAUUCAACAACAAAUGCAUUGUCGUUUACAAUUGGUAUUCGAACAUUUACUGCUUCAAAUUCUACAUCGAUUAAAUCUUCAUCAAAUGAAUCACUACAACCUCCACCAUCUAAAAAAUUAAAAACAUCAAAUUUAACUUUACUCGAUGAAUUAAUACGUGAUAUAGAUGAGUCAACUGAUGUUCCAUUCUUUAAUAUAUCAUUACCACGUGAACUAGCAUUACAAAUAUUUGAGAAUUUAUCUAUUAAUGAUUUAUAUUCAUGUUCGCAAGUAUGUAAAUCAUGGUAUUCGUUAUCAUGUGAUGAAUUGUUAUGGUAUAAUUUAUAUAAACAUUUAAAACUUGAAUAUUCACAUAAAAUAUCUGAUAAUACUUGGAAGAAUCAUGUAAAAGAAGCUAUCUUAUCAAAUCAAAAAUUAAUACAAAAUUUUAAAAAUCAUCAGUGUCGUACAACAAAAUUAACACAUCGACUUGGCAUUGUUUUAACAUGUGCAAAUAAUAAUCAAACAACAAUUGUUGCUGGUUAUUCAACAGGUAUUAUUCGUACAUGGCCUAUUGAAGCUAUUUUAAAUGCUAACGAUACUAAUGAUGAUGAUGAUAAUGAACAAUUAAAUAUACCUGAUAUUAUUUAUGAAUCAACAGAUACAAAUGUACAUACAGAUAUUUCAAGUGUUAAAUCAGUUGGACUUUUAAAAAAUGAUAUUUAUGCUUUACAUGACGAUGGUCUAUUAGAAAUUUGGACAAAAGGUAUUGGUAAACAACCACGUUUUACUCAACAGUUAACAUCUCUGCCACUUGAACAUAUUUCUAAUGAUGAAACUAUAUUAUGUGCUGCAAGUCGAUCUAAAUUUUAUGCAUGGAAUUUUAAUGAGCCUGAAUCAACUCCUGUAUUUCAAGAACUGAAUUUUAUAGGUGAUAUAAAUGAUCGUAUUUUAUCAUUUUCUAUGUCUAGUCAUCAUUCCGUACCAAUAUCGAUUGUUGCUGGUAAUAAAUCACUUUGGUGUAUAUCAUUAUUAAAUUUAACAAAUCGUCUCUCAUUUUAUUCCACACUUGAAACACAAUAUAUACAAAAAAUGCCAUUAGAUAUUCAUAAUGAUGAACCAUUAGCAAUUAUUGGACUUGAUAAUGAAAUAAAAUUAUUUGAUUUACAAAGUGGUCGUUGUAAUAUUGUAUCAACAAAUUAUAAAUAUCUUCCUGCAGGUGUUCAUUUAAUUCGAGCUGAUAAAUGUCCAAUAAAUGAAUUUAUUGUUGCAUAUGAUAAUUCUCAAAUAAGUAUAUUUGAUCGAAGACAAAAAGAUGGUGGUGUACAACAUUUUUAUAAUCAUUAUUCUACAAUAACAACAUUACAAAUGGAUACAUGGAAAUUAGCAAGUACAGAUAUACGUGGUUUUGUUCGACUUUGGGAUCGCCGAAUGCAUCCACAUUCAUUAUGGCAUAUGAAUCCACAAUCACAUCCUGUUACACAUUGUUCAUUUGAUAAACAAACACUUAUUUGUGCAUUAACACCCCAUUGUAAACGACCCGAUAUGAUUGAUUAUCAAAUUAAUUCUGAUCUUUUAUCAGGACAUAUUUAUGUAUGUAAUUUUAAUUCAGAUAUGUCAACACAACUUGAUAAUGAUUUAAAAAUCUGUACAUCAUCAUAUGAUGCACCGCAAGCAUCAAAUAGAAGGAUUGGUUUACAUACUCCAUAUGAUAUAAUUCAAUAA